UGUAGGCCAAAUUCGCACUCUCAAUCUCGACUGACACGAAUGCGAACGGAACGGGAACACAGGCGAACGCAAACGCUGCAGCGAAGAAUGGAUCACGGGCACGGGUACGGGCACGAAAAGCGACAAUGUGCGAUAGACGAUAGAAGACAGAUGACAGAAUACCGAAGGCAGCAGGCAGCAGGCAUACAGGCACACAAGCAGUAGGAAGGGCGCAACACACCAACAACAGCUACCAAAGCUACGACACAGAAACACAGUGCCAGAACAUCCAAAAAGCUAAAAAACAAAUGACAAACACAGCAAAAAACGACUAAGCGCGACGACAAUGAGGAUGUGUUUGUGCAUGUCUGUGGUGCGAUGGAGCGUUGUUUAGCUGUUGCGUUGGGAAGGUAUCGCUGUUGCUUAGUUGCUUGGUUGCUUGGUUGCUCUGUUGCUGGUGGAGUCGAGGAGAGCGCGCAACGUUUAUGUUCUGGAUACACGAAGAACAGCACGAAAGAGGAUAUGCCAAAACUUAGUAAAGCUGCCGUUGUGAAGAAGUUUGGCUCGUCAUUUGCACUUGGCCUUAAAAAUCAUUUGAAGAACAAGGACGGCAGCAACCGUGCGAACGCUGACCAAGCAGCAACAGCGACAAGAACGAAAAGUUUAAGCAUAAGCUUUUAGUGUAAGCUCUAACUGCUCGCAAGUUAAGGCAAAAGCACGCUAUUUAUAUUUUGUUAUUGUUAUUGCUGGGAUACAAAAAAGCUUUAUUCUGUGCACUAAUUUUUGUCGAUGAAUUCAAAAACACGCGUGUGUGUUUAGUAAACAUCCAAUAGCGUACCUGUCAUUGUUUGGCUAGUUGUGAAUGAGUACAAAAUAGCUACAUAAUAAUA